GCAGCAUUGUGCGGGGUAUACCCCAUGUACAGGGUCCGCUGCAGAGCAUCUCACAGGGUGAUGACCCCUCUCUGUACUCGGCUGUAUUGUGUGGGGUAUACACUGUGUACAGGGUCUGCUGCAGAGCAUCUCACAGGGUGAUGACCCCUCUCUGUGCUCGGCAGUAUUGUGUUGGGUAUACACUGUGGAGAUACAGGGUCUGCUGCAGAACAUUGAUCAGUGUCCCGGUGCAGGCAGCUGGCAGUGAAGGGGUUACCUCCGCCUGCUCCAUGUUUGUUCUCAGCUUUCAGAGAAUAGAAACUUCUGGGACGCUUUUACUUUCGGUUCUGCAGACUUCAGGGGCGUGCAGACUUAUGCAGUGUGCCCUGGACUCCGUGGUUUCCAGCCCAUUAGAGGUGCCGCCCCCAGAAGGACAAUGUCCUCUGCUGCCUCAGAUCCUUGUUCUCCUCCUCUCUGACUGAUUUCUACUCCAAUCACUCCCAGAGCUGCGGUCACUGGCUUCUGCUGACUUGAGGUGGCGAUCAGGAGGGGGCGCUCUAUCAGGUCCUGGAUGUUGGGGUCCGGUCAUGGGGUGCUAUCGCUCAGUCGAUGUCCGCAAGUUACUACACAACAAGUAUGUUGUUGUCCUUGGAGACUCCAUUCAGAGAUCCGUCUACAAAGACCUGGUGAAGAUGCUGCAGGACGACGCGUUUCUCUCUGAAGAACAGAUGAGAAAAAGGGGGGAGCUAUCUUUUGAGAAUGACGCUCUGGUGGAGGGCGGCGAGCUGGAUGGACUGCACAAUGGGACCACUUUUCGAGAAGUGCGGCAGUACCGGAGCGACCACCAUCUUGUACGCUUCUACUUUCUGACCCGCGUCUACUCUACUUACCUGGAGAGCGUACUGUCGGAUUUGCAGAGCGGCCACCAGCCCGAUGUGCUGAUAGCCAACUCCUGCGUCUGGGAUGUCAAUAGGUACAACGACAAAAAUCUGGAGGCAUACAAGACCAACCUGGACACGAUGUUCCAGCGCCUCAAGGAGGUGCUGAGCCCCGAAUGCCUCAUCAUAUGGAACACGACCAUGCCGGUCGGAUUCAAGCAUUGUGAAAUCCCAGAGUACAUGGUACACAACCUGCAGAUGGACGUCGUGGAGGGGAACUUCUUCAGCGCCACUUUGGCGGAUUUGCACAAGCUGGACGUUCUGGACAUGCACUAUCACUUCCGCUGUGACCUGCGUCUCAGAUGCCCGGACUCUAUCCAUUGGAACCAGGUGGCUCAUCGGAAGUACACCCAGAUCCUGCUGACCCACAUCGCACAGGCCUGGGGGGUUAGAGCACCGAAGGGCAAGAAGCUGAAGUGCUCUCCUUUUGACUCUGCUGUUCCUGACUCUGUUCCAAUGAGAGAACAUCUGGACCCUAACGCUAACCUGCUACCCUCAAUCCAGGAGCAGGAGCACUGCAGUCAGUUUAGAGGUCCACUUCUGCCCACUCCCUGUCCUGGAGGCACACUAUGGGGGCAGCAGCCCCGACUCCCAGCGCCUGUCAAUGCCGAUGGUGCAUACAUCCCGAGACACCCCUUGUUCGAAGGGAGCGACAUUAACACCAUGCCUGGCUCUCCUCAUAUGCUGCUCUCCCCACCCGAUUGGGCAGUUAUGGGACCACAGUAUACCGGGCAGAGGAUGAUGUGUCCUGGAGGCACAGAAUGGGGGCAGCAGCCCCAACUCCCAGCGCCUGUCAAUGCCGAUGGUGCAUACAUCCCGAGACACCCCUUGUUCGAAGGGAAUGACAUUAACGCCAUGCCUGGUUACUCUGUUCAUCCCGCACCUCCUGACAAUGGUGCAUUGAGAGAAGAUCCCUAUCACAGGUUCAAUCCCGUAUUUGAAGAGCAAGAGGGCUGCAGUCAGGUUCCUGCAUUCCCCAGCCAACCAUUUAUGGGACAGAACUUCUUCCCUCCAGGCAUGCCGGUGCCCCUCAUGAACGUCACCCAUGCCCCCCAUGACCCGUACCCCCAAGAAGACCCGAAUAUGAGGAUGACAUCAAGGAGGAUGCUGAAUCUGAGAAGGGGCUGGACCCACCCAUACUCACGACCUCCCCCGUACCUACCCAGGAUAUACUGACUUGGAAUAAUCGGGGCUGCAGGGGUUCAUAGUUCCUCUCCAGGACCCGGCGUCACAGGACAUGUUCCGGCCCUGCACCCCCUGAUCUGCCCAUAUUCUGACAUUCUGUGCUUAUGGCGCAUGGUCCUCCUGGAGGUGGUCGCUGCCUGUGUUCUACUGAUGGCGCCUGCACAGCGAAGAUAGUAUUAACCCCCUCAUGCUGCUGCUUCAUAUGAACUGGGAACAGUCUGUUAGCUACACUGAAUAUUUUUGCACUUCUCUUACUUUGUGUCUUAUUACAUUUCAGUUUAUAUAUUUGGGGCAGGACAG